UCGCCUCCCCCUGAGCAGAAGGACCCACACUCACAGGUCCUCUCCUGGGCUCGCAGCACCAUGACCCCCUUGAAGACACUGCUCCUGGUCACGCUCCUCCUGGGGGCUUCUCUGCAGGUCGUGCAUGCAGCGCGAGGGACUAAUGUGGGCCGGGAGUGCUGCCUAGAGUACUUCAAAGGAGCCAUUCCUCUCAGAAGGCUCAAAGCCUGGUACAGGACCUCAAAGGAGUGUCCCAAGGAAGCCAUCGUGCUUAUAAGUGUCCAGGACAAGCCCAUCUGUUCGGACCCCAAGGACACCAGGGUGAAGAAGGCAGUCAGAUAUUUAAAACGCAUGCACAACCCUGGGCUCCAGCAAUCCUGAUUUCUGCCGGGACCAUUUGGAGACCUCCAGCUUCAGUGUUCACUACACUAGCCCCGAGCUUUCUGAGUCCAGGGGAGGCCCUAGACGGACAAAGGGGACCCCUGCUUCCUUUUCUAGCCUGGAAUCAUAGCAGAAAGAGCCCAGAUUCAAGUCUCUCUUUUCGUGGGGACCUGGGUAGCUCAGUUGGUUAAGCAUCUGCCUUCGGCUCUGGUCAUAAUCCCAGGGUCUUGGGA